AUGCAUUCAAGUACAGUUGAUGUCCUCAAUAAUAUUACAAAUUUAAUUUUGAAUGAUGAUGAAAAUAAUGAAUCACUUCAACUAUUCAAGCAAUAUAAAUUAGUACUUUAUGAUGCACUUGAAAUCAUGCAAGAACAAGAAAAUGCCAAUAAUAUUCAAUGGGCACAAGUUGUCCAAAAAAGUUUUAAGGGUGUAUAA